CGUCGAGCGAUGUUUGUUGUGAUUUCUGUUAUUGUUGUGAAGCGCAAAGGCGAAGAUCAUCGUUAGUCGGAUGGAUCUAUGGUGAACAUCAUAGAGAGGUAGAAUGUAAAACACGAUGGCUGAUUUUGAAACGUAUCAGGAGUAUCAGCGUAUAGAAGACUAUGAUGAAGACUCACCCCAAGGAGAGGAAGACUUACUUAUUCAUGUGCCAGAGGGUAGAGGAGACCCAUGGCAUCAUAUCAAGAACCUCGACAAUUUCUUCACAAGAAUCUAUCAUUUCCAUCAGAAGAAUGGAUUUGCCUGCAUGGUGUUGUCAGAGUUUUUUGAACUUGUGCAAUUCCUGUUUGUGGUCACGUUUACAACUUUCCUCUUCAACUGUGUGGAAUAUGAUGUUCUCUUUGCCAACCGAGCGGUCAACCACACGGGCCAGAGUCUCGGUCCCCUUGACAGAAACAAGGUCACCCUUCCUGAUGCUAUUUUACCCAGGGAGCAGUGUACUGAGAGGAUUGAAGGCAACAGCUGGAUCAUAUUUCUCUUGAUAAUGGCAGCCAUUUUUUGGGUCUAUCGGCUCGUGAAGGUGAUCUGCAAUGUCCUCAGCUACUGGGAGAUCCGGCAGUUUUAUAUUAAAGCACUCAAAAUACAGAUGGACGAGUUGUGUAACUUCUCAUGGCAAGAAGUUCAAGGCCGUUUGAUUCACCUGCAGCGUGAGCAGCCCAUGUGCGUCCAAAAAAGGGAACUCUCCGAACUGGACAUCUACCACCGCAUCCUACGCUUUAAAAACUACACCGUCGCCAUGAUCAACAAGUCUCUGCUGCCCGUCAGACUGCGCGUGCCCUUUUUCGGAGACAUGAUUUUCCUCACGCAGGGCCUAAAGUACAACUUUGAACUUAUUCUUUUUUGGGGCCCCCUCUCGCUUUUUCAGAACAAAUGGAGUUUACAUCCCAAGUACAAACGAGCUGCGAACCGCCAAGAGCUUUCGAAACAGCUCAGCCGUGUUAUAUUGCUAACUGGCAUGGUCAAUCUUCUGCUUUGCCCAUUCGUGGUGGUGUGGCAGGUGUUGUAUGCGUUUUUUAGCUAUGCCGAAGUCAUCAAACGGGAGCCAGGCAGUUUGGGUGCGCGCCGCUGGUCGCUGUACGGCCGUCUUUACCUGCGACACUUUAAUGAGCUGGAUCAUGAGUUGCAAGGCAGGCUGGGUCGCGGAUACAAGCCGGCCGCUAAGUACAUGAACGCCUUUGUUUCUCCCCUGUUGACGGUGCUGGCGAAGAAUGUGGCUUUCUUCUCCGGCUCAGUGCUGGCUGUGCUGAUUUUGUUGACAGUGUAUGACGAGGACGUAUUGACGGUGCAACACAUCCUGACGGCCAUCACUGUGCUGGGCGUGGUCAUCACGGUCUCCAGGUCAUUUAUUCCAGAUGAACAUAUGGUGUGGUAUCCUGAACAGCUGCUGCAGUGUGUCCUGGCCCAUAUUCACUACAUGCCGGAUCACUGGAAGGGCAAUGGCAACAAGAGCGAGACUCGCGACGAGAUGGCACAGCUUUUCCAGUACAAAGCGGUCUUUAUCUUGGAGGAGCUCCUCAGCCCCAUAAUUACCCCGUUCAUCCUCAUCUUCUCCCUAAGGAACAAGUCUCUAGAAAUCAUCGACUUCUUCCGUAACUUCACAGUAGACGUUGCAGGAGUAGGUGACAUAUGCUCAUUCGCUCAGAUGGACAUCAGACGGCAUGGCAACCCACAGUGGAUGUCCGAGGGUCAGACGGAAGCUUCGGUGUACCAACAGGCUGAAAACGGCAAGACAGAGCUGUCUCUGAUGCAUUUCACCAUCAAAAACCCUCACUGGCAGCCGCCGCAGGAGAGCUCUGUGUUCAUCAGUCACCUGAAGGAGAAGGUUCAACAGGAUGCACAGACAGGACCAUCUCCUCAGCUGCUGCUGUCUGAAGCACCUCUUUGUACCUCACUACUGUCUAAUGAGUCUGCCACUGGUCCUGAUAACCUGUUAGCCAGCGUGUUGGCUCACCCCGUACUGACUGCAUCCGGACUGCCUGGAUGGAAUCAUCGUUUUAUCCCACAGAACAGCGCAGCCUCAGCAGCCGCCAGCGUUCUGGCGUCCCUGUCUUCAUCCCAGCAGCCCCAUGCUGGGCGUUCACGUUCACACACUCUCCUACCCUCCAGACAGCAUCAAGAUGGCCCUAUGUACUACAGUGAGCACACUGUGGGCGACAGCAUGUCCGCAAGUGACUCCAAGAUGCUCAGCCAGUCCAAAUCAGCCCUUGCAUCAGAGUUUGCAUCUGCUGAGAUGAGCCUGCAUGCUAUAUACAUGCACGAGGUACAUCAGCAGAAGACCCAGCAUACAUCUGGACUGCUUCAGGCCCCUGUGCCAAUGAGGGAUUUGAGUACUAAUAGUGGUCCUCAGAUACUGUCUUCACAGACAGUCAGCCUGGUGCCGCCCAGUUCUGGCCGUUUGGGUGGCUGGGCUGAAGAAGAGGAGGAUGUUGAUGAAGAGGAGAUAAACACCAGCCCUGUGCCAGAUCAGACCAGCAGAGGGAGCAGCUGAAGUGCCUUCAACCUGUAUGUCUUUGCUUUCAUUUUUGGGAGGAAUGGUGUGGCCUUACUUUGGUUUGAAACUUUUUGAUCAAGCAUGUUGGACAUUACACUGCACAUGCAGUUCACGGAGCACGUCUGAGCAGUUCAGUUCUCUGGACACAUUGUCUUCCAGAACUGUCGUGAUGGACUGCAAGAGUGUCUGCCACCUCCCCUCUCUCUUUACACAUCAAAUAGAUUUCAAUUUAAGACUGAUGCGUGUGUUGGAGUGUAUGCUAUAGUUUCAGACCAAGGCUGUAGGUUUUUGUUGGUGUAUGACAUAAGAUGACAUCUCUGAUGCUUAAAGAACUGGCGGCAAGUGUUGAGUCAGGACGCGUACAUGGCACAUAUUUUAUACAGUAUUUUAUUUCCUUUUCUUUCAUGUAACAGUUGUUUUAUAUGGGUUAGAGCAAGUCACAUUUUGCGCUUCUCUGAUUCAGUUGACAGGAGUGUUUUAUGGGUGGUAUUUAUUAUGAAGCGCUGCCUUGGUUUGGGCGGAUAAAGACAGUUGUAUUGGUAGUUUCAGUUUUGCUUUAGGGCCCCAGCGAACACAGAAAAAUAUCAGUGAAUGAAUGUAAAAUCAUGACAAUGAUCUCAUAAACACUUUAAAUAAGGUUUUGUUUGUUAACAUUAGUAAAUGCAUUAGGUAUUACUAACAAUUAAUAAUAAUAAUAAUAAUAAUAAUAUAUAUAUAUAUAUAUAUAUAUAUAUAUAUAUAUAUAGAUAGAUAGAUAGAUAGAUACUAGAUAGAUAGAUAAUUUUAUUAUUUUUAUUUAUUUUUUACAGCAUUUAUUAUUAAUCUGGUUAUUGUGAAUUUAUGAAAAUACAAUUGUUCAUUGUUAGUUCAUAAUGCAUAAACUAAUGUAAAUGUAUACAACAUUUAAUUUAAAAGAUGUAUAUGUUGAAAUUACCAUUAACCAAGGUUUAUAAGUGCUGUAAAAGUUUUGCUCAUCAUUAGUUCAUGGUAACUAAUGUAGUUAACUAAUAUUAACGAAUACAACCUUACUGUAGUAGAGUAUUAGCAAAAAGAUAUAUACUAUUCUUAAAAUGUCAGCUUUCUCCUUAAGAGAUAUAAUAUAUAAAAUUAAUGCUUUUUUAAUUUUUGCCAAAUUAAAAAUUGUAUUUAAUGGAGCAAAAGUCAUUUGGAUUUGCGGAGGUUUUGACAAAUCUUAACCUUUAAACCUAUAAUUUAAAAAAGUACAUAUAAACAAAAAGUCUUAUUUUUGCGGUUUGUAUAAAAAGCAGGUCUGUUAUAUACGUAUUGAAACCAUACUAGUAAUUUGUAAACUUUGUGUUACAUUUGCUUAAAAAUGGUCAAAACAUCAGUUUUUGUGUUUGGAAACAGUUAAAACGUACUGUAUUUAGACAGAUCUUAAUAUCACUGCAUUAAUGGAUUUUUGUUUAAAAAUAAUGCUGAAGCUAUAAAGAAUGCUUAUUUAACUAUCAAACUAAAACAUGUUUGUGUUAAUGUGGAAAACAAAUUAAAGGAAUCAUCGACCCAAAAUAGAAAAUUAUCUCAUCAUUUACUCGCCCUUAUGCCAUCCCAGAUUUGUAUAACUUUCAUCUGCUCAACUCAAAUUAAGAUUUUUAGAAGAAUUUCUCAGCUUGGUCCAUACAAUGCAAGUGAAUGGGUGCCAAAAUUUUGAAGCUCCAAAAAUCCAUAAGACUCCAGUGGUUAAAUCCAUGUCUUCUGAAGUGAUAUGACAGGUGUGGGUGAGAAACAGAUCAAUAUUUAAGUCCUUUUUUAUUAUAAAUUCUUCUCCCUUCUCAGUCAGUCUUCACUUUCACAUUCUUCUUCUUGAGUUUUUGGUGAUUCACAUUUUUAUGCAUGCCGCCCCCCAUUGGGCAGGGAGAAGAAUUUAUAGCAAAACAAAAAGGACUUAAAUAUUGAUGUUUCUCACCCACACCUAUCAUAUCACUUCUGAAGGUAUGGAUUAAAACACUGGAGUUGUAUGGAUUAUUUUUAUGCUGCCUUUAUGUGCUUUUUAUAGUAUCAACAUUUUGGCACCCAUUCACUUGCAUUGUAUGAAAUACAAUACGAGUAUGAGCUACAGAGCUGAAAUAUUCUUACAAAAAUCUUCAACAGAAAGAAAGUCCUACACAUCUGGGAUGGCAUGAGGGUGAGAAAAUGUGAGAAAAGAGUUUAUGGUGAACUAUUCCUUUAAAUUGAUAAAAUUAAAGUAUUUUUAAAAACUCUUCUUAAAUCAAACCCUGACAAAAAAGUUGCAUUGCUAAAUCCAGACACAUCAAAAUAUUCUUUUUAGACCAGUUGCGUUUCCAACUUGUUCAAUUGCUGCCACCUAUGAACUGCACUGGCACAAUAUUAAACCACUUAACCAGUUAAAAUAGUGACUAGUUACUAGUAAAAUAGUAAUUUCUUGCUUUCAUGGCUGCCUGAAAAAAUCUCUGUAUGAAGGUGUUAUUUGUAUCGUGUCAGGUUUUUAAGGUCGGUCCUGGAUGUUUUGUUCUGUGUUCCCUGCCAUUAACUGUCUCUCUAUAUUGAUUCCCACAUGAAUGUACUAUAGCAUGUCUAACAGAUGAUCUUUCAGUCCGUAUCCCAAAAGUGUUCAGUUACGCUGUUGAUAUCUCGUGUCCAAAUCUAGACCCAAAACACUAAGGGGAAAUAUUUGUGUGGUGCAAAGAGUAAAAUCUGUUUUUAUACUAGAACAAAACAAUGUUUGUAGAGUUCAUUAAUCAUUGCUUUCUCAAAGUGUAGGUAGGUUUGCCUCUAAUAUAUCACGAUCAAGAAAGCCCAAGGGCUUUUCGACAGUUUACACAAGGUAUAUGAUGUACUGGCUUUGCCGAGUUCAUGUUCAGUGUGACAUGCAGAACUUCAUGUGGUCUGAGCGUGUUCAGAAAUCACCUACUUGAAAUCUUAGAGCAAAUAGCUUGAAGUGUCAUAUAUGUCAGGCGUAGGUUUUAUUGAGCUGUAAAUAAGAUAAUGUAACGGCACCAAUUUCAUACCCAGACCGAAAUACCUCCGAAUGUACCUUAAAACCGUAUAUAUGUACAGUAUUUAUUUGUGUGGCUGAGGUGUUAUUUUGCCAGGAUGGUAGCGAAUGAACAAGAUCAGGAUGUUAUUGCAGAUUUGCUAUUUGCAAUGUUAUGAUAUUAAAGGGUUUUUCCACACAAUGUAAACAAAGAUUGAACUGCUUUGAAGUAAAACAUGUUGUUUUACAGCUCUGUUAUCUUAAUAUUCUUGUAAACAGUCUGGGGUUGGACUGUGCCAGGUGCUAUAUAUAUAUAUAUAUAUAUAUAUAUACUGUAUAUUCAAUUUGUUUAAAUAUUUAUCUGUUUUUUUGUUUGUUUUUUUUGGAUUUUGACUUUUUUUUUGUCUGAUUGAAAUAAGACUUUAUCUGAAAAUAAACUUUACAAA